CCUCAAGUUUCCGUUCUAUCUUUUAAUGCAUUCACGAUGAGUUAAAGUCGGCGAGAUGAUGUUCGUAGAACAAUUCUAACGGAAUAGUAUAAAAACGCUUGUUGCAUCUGCAGGACAGUUUUUCGGUAUAUUCUGAUAUAUUCUGUGAUAAAUAGAAUAGAACAAUCUAGAUACGAGAAUGCUCGGCAUACUCGUAGCUGGACGACUCGUCCAAACAGACUUUCAACAAGUUGGUGAUAAUCAGUUCUUAAUUAUUAUACCUGAUGCUGAUAAUAUAAAUCAUAUAGUGAUAUUUCUUACUGGCACUGUCUUCUUCCCAGAUGGCAUGGGAGGUGCAGUAUAUUUCAGUUGGCCAGAUCCAAACGCGCCACCCAACUGGCAAUUCCUUGGAUAUAUUUCCAAUUCUAAACCAUCAGCCAUCUUCAAAAUAUCAAAUCUAAAGAAAAAUCACGAAUUUGAAAACAGUAAUUUAGGAAUUUUUGGGAUCGGUAAGAUCUCGCAUUUUGCACAGAUCGGUGUGUCGGUUGAACCAUUGGCGAUAAUUGAGCAGCAAGUAGCUACCGUUGCCGCAGCUACAACCAAUUCUUUUAUAGAAUUUGUACAAAAAAUGUUAACAAAUUUUGUCAAUUAUGUAACCAGUUUCACGGUGACGCAGGCACAAAUGACGCCAAAUCCUACUGAGAAUUUUGUGCCUCUAUCUACAUUACAGGGCUGGUACGAAACCUUUGAGAGACGAUUACAGCAUGAUCCAAAUUUCUGGAAAUCAUGAUUAUAAUUGUAAUUACAUAUAGUAUAAAGUUUUGUAUUUUCUGUUGACAUACAUAUAAAAAUUUCACAAGAAUGCCCAAAUAUUAUUUCAAUGCUAAGGUAUAUUGAAUUGUCAGUAUGAAUUCAUUACUUUUAUAUUUUCGCUAAUAAACAAUGAUACUUGCAUUUAUGUAUAAAAA